AUUUCACGUUUUGCGGCCGACCACAGACUUUUGGGCAGGCGACAGUUGCGCACAGCCCGACGAUGCGACACCGGACACAUGAGCACAUCAAGCCGUCAAUGCCCGCGCCGCGGCGACCUUGCGCAUGAACCCGGACACACGCGCACGGCCAUCGCGGCGCAGACAUUGACCGGACCAUGGGUCUCGCUCGCCUCCUGGCAGACUCGCCACCACCAUGCGCGCCGGUCACCACCAUGCGCGCCGGACACCACUCGACUGGACCUGUCCUUUGUGUUGGACGGCAACAAAGGCCGGUACGCUCCGUGGCCCAAGAAGGCCCUCGACAAGUUCCGUCACGUCGGGUGCCCCCGGCAAGCAGCCAUGAAGAUGAGUUAUGUGUGCUUUUGUGAUGACAACUCAAAGACUAUUCCAUUUGCUAGAACCUGCACCAAGUCCCUGUGGAAGGCACAGUCCGACAUUGUGGCGUAAUGGAAGCGCGCCUGCUUGCAGGAGGUCUGGGUUCGAUUCCCAGCAAUGCCAUGGCUUGUCGUACUCUGCGUGGCGCCUGUCGCACGUCGUCACUCGAAACUUGCAAGACAAGGACGACAAGCUGUUGUGUUGUGAAUGAAGUGUGUUUUGUGAAAGCAUUAAUUGUAAAGUUUUGUAAUGAAUUCAAAGUUGUUUUGGU